AAAUUAAUGACAAUCUUAAUAUGCUUAUUGCAGAUGAUAGUUUUUACAGUUUCUGCAUCCAAGAAAUCCAAACAGAAACAGUAUGAGUAUUUGAAUGAGAAAGUCUUGUUUGUUGUGCUUACAGUCUUUGGUAAUUGUGAAUUAUUAUUAAGAGUGAGUUUGAUUUCUUUCUGCAUUUUGAUCUUUAUCAUACUGGCAUGUCUACAUCAAGGAGGUUUUAGAUUGAUUAGACAGGAGAAGUUAAAUUAAAAGAAAAAACAAUAGGAACAAUAAAUGAUUGUGAUAAUUCCGUCGAAUGAGAAAUAGCAUUACAAUCAGUUCCUUUAGGACGUCAACUAAUCGUUAGAUGUUAGCAGAUUAUCAGAAAAUUAAUGUUGA